AUGGCACGUUCCGCACGCUUCUGGGGCAUUUUUGCUGCCCUCUGUCUUCUUGCCUUUGUCUCUGCUCUCGAUGUCUCCAUCAUCGCCACCGCUCUCCCAACAAUCACCGCCGACAUUGGCGGCGCCAGUCAGUACAUUUGGAUCGCCAAUUCCUUCGUCGUCGCGUCCCGCUCUUUGGCCAACUGGCUGACCUGCUGGGCCAUUGAAGAUGCAGGAGGGCGCGAGCAGGGAGGGUGGGAUGAAGUUGCGGACGUGUAUACGCGGGCGUUGGAUGUUGUGUGGUGGGUUUCGUUGGGGGUUGGUGUGGUGGGGAUGGUAGCUGUUGUGUUUGAGAGGAGGCUGGAGUUGAGGAAGGAGUUGGAGACCGAGUAUGGGAUUGAGGGGGCGUCUGGGUCUGCGGUGGCUGAGUCCAAGUCAGGGGUGGAGGCGAAUGUCAGUACGGGGGAAGUCGGGGUGGAGGUGAAGGUGGAGGGGGGUAAGAUUGAGGGCUGGUAG